AUGGUCGAUUCCGAGGCCGUUGAAAGCAUCGGCAAAGUGUACGUUGACCGAGCUUCCGGUGUCAAUGAGGAUUCGACCUACGUCGAAAUCGACAAUGCCUGCUCGAAUGAUCAUGGGAUCGGAAUGGGGGAAGAUGAUGCCCUUCUCUUCUUCUUCGGAAAAGGUGAUAGGUUCUCAUCCGAAUCGCCGGAUUUUGCUGUUGCGCUCCUUAGUGAGGCUGAGAACCUGAGGGUGCCGAACGGCACGUACGUAACUGUUGACGGACCGAAGGCUACAGUCAGCGAUCGGUGUACCGCCGCUGAUCACGUUGAUCUGACGAUUGCCCUGGGCGAUGCAGGACUCGGUAUCGUGGCCGUUGUAUUGGUGGUAUCAGCAGAAGACUCCUGUAUCCUUGUCGACUUGCCGAGGGAGCUUCUGGAGGCUUGGCUUCAGAAUCAUCUGAUUUUCGACCAUGAGGACAUGUUCGUAGGUCGAGUUAAGAAUGGUGAAGACCUCCGGCGGUCAGUCGCUUUUGGUGCUUCGGAAGUUUCGGCCACCUGA